AUGAAAAACUGCUUCCUUUUUGCUAACAGGGUGACACUCGGCAACUGCAUGGGUCUUGGUUUGCGGCCAUACAGCCCCCCGUGGUGGGGCCAGCUCGCUUGGUUCAUCGUGUUCGCUCUGAUGCUACUCCUCGCCAUCUUAGGGAAUACUCUCGUCAUAUGGAUAGUUCUUGCCCAUCGAAGAAUGCGGACAGUCACCAAUUGUUUUCUAGUGAAUCUUGCUGUGGCGGACCUUUUAAUGGCAACAUUAAACGGAGCACCAAAUUUCGUGUUCCUGGUCACUGCUCAUUGGCCCUUUGGGGCCGCUACGUGCACAGCUAGUAAUUUCACUGCAAACCUGACAGUGUCGGCCGGUGUCUUUACUUUAGUAGCUAUAACAGUCGACAGGUACGUGGCUAUUGUCAAGCCUCUACAGCACAGAUUAAGCAGGCGAGUUGCUCGUACAGCAUUAUUCACGGUAUGGUGUGCAAGUGCAUUACUCGCACUGCCCAGCUUGCUCUACUCCGACACAUAUAAGAAACAGUACAUCAACGGAGAAAGGGAAAUAUGUUUCAUCAAAUGGCCCGACGGAAGCUACCCCACAUCCAAGACAGAUUACUGGUGA